AUGAUCCGGUGCCUUGUCGUUGUUGCGCUAUGUAUGACCUUAAUUUCAUCGGCAUUCGCCAUAAAUGAGCACGAAUUUGCCCCAAAAGAUGUCAUUAUCCGCGAUGUGUGCAUCCUUGGAGGAGGGGCGACCGGUACAUACGCAGCAAUCAGCUUAAAGGACAAAGGCCGGAGUAUAUUGGUCGUGGAGCGCGAGGAAGUUCUCGGUGGUCACGCCAAGACAUUUUACCUUGACGAUGAACACUAUGUUGACUAUGGUGUGGAGGGAGUGUUCAAUAAUAAGCUCACGCGAGACUAUUUCAACCGCCUCAACGUGAAAUAUAAAGUACUUCUCCCAAGUACGUUUUUGACACAGCAUGUCAACUUCAGAACCGGAGAGCAGGUCUCCCCUCCAUCUGGACUUCUGAAAACUGCAUUUUCUGCGUUACUCUACCGGGUUACGAUAAGGAAAUAUAAGUAUCUUCAAGAUGGGCUAUAUAGCUUGCCUGAUCCUGUUCCAGAGGAGCUUCUGCGCCCAUUCAGGGAGUUUGUUGAGAAAUCUGGGACCCACGGGGCUCUUCAAUUGAUCUUUAUGUUCACUCACACGGCUGGCAAUAUUCUCGAAAUGCCUCUCCUUUAUGUUCUCCAGCUAUUUGGACUUCCUCACAUGAACGCAUUUCUGAAGGGUGGAUUCAUCGCCCCAAAGAAUGGCAUGUACGACCUAUACGAGAAAGCUUCCCAAAUCCUUGGCUCUGAUGUCCUCUACCAGACUACAGUACAAAAGACUGACAGGUCUGAAGGCGACAUCAAGAUUGUCGUUCAGACUACAAACGGGGCCCGUAAGCUCAUCAAAACCAAGAAGCUCUUGGUGACGUUUGCGCCAGUUUUGAGUAACCUUGAAGGGUUUGAUCUCACUCACGUUGAGUCCAUGCUUUUCCAGAAAUGGAAAUGGAAUACCUGUUAUGUUGCCGUUGUUAAGAACACAGGGAUUCGGAGCGGCGUGACCGUCAUGAAUAGUGACCCUAGCAAUAUGCCAGGCAGUCUUCCUCUUCCACCCUUCCAGUGGGCUCUACAGCACCUAGGUGUUGAUGGAUACUUGGCUAGUAAGAUUGUUGGUGACCAAGACCUUACAGAAGACCAGGCAAAGGAGCUCCUUCUCUCUGACAUCCGUCGAAUGGGAUACGAGAGAGCCAUGAAUGGCAGCGAACCGGAAAUCGUUUCGUUUGGGAGCCAUUCACCCGAAGUCUUAUCAGUUUCCAAUGCGGACAUUAUGGAUGGGUUCUACCACAAACUGUAUUCGAUACAGGGCACCAAGGACACAUUCUACUCGGGCUUGGCAUUUGGCUCGGAUUAUUCGGCGUUACUGUGGGCAUAUACAGAGACGGUUGUUCUCAAAAUGCUUUCCAGCUUCUAG